CCUAAUGUUUUGAUAUGUCCAGCCAUCUGGAACUGCAAACUCCCUGCUGAGGAACUGGCGGGGAGACAAAGAAAUGGGAAGCUGUAAAGAAGUCCUCAUGUGAUGAAGCACAGAGCUUUGGGCAGCCUGGCUGAGUUAAGACCACAGUCCUUUUCGGAAAUCAAUCUAAAUCGGAGCUAUUCACAAUCAACCUGAAAUUCAAAAGCAUCACGUAGGAGUGACCCAAAAGGAAUGUGAAUUCGUCUCCAGGACAUGCAGAAACCCGUGGAGAGGCUGUUUCUAGAUUCUCGUUCCAGCUUUCCUGGGAGUCAGAAUGAGCAAAAGGCACUUCAGCGUGGGUCAGCAAACAUGGGCCCUUCUCUGCAAGAAUGUAUUGAAAAAAUGGAGGAUGAAAAGAGAGACCUCGUUGGAGUGUUUUUUCUCAUUCCUUCUAGUACUGUUUGUAUUCCUAUUUGCCUCUGAUUUACAUCAAGUCAAUGACUUUCCUCAACUGCCUGCAGUGGAUCUGGGACGUGUAGAUAAUUUUAAUGAUUCUAAUUAUGUUAUUGCGUUUGCACCCGAAUCCACAACUACCCAGGAAAUAAUGAACAAAGUAGCUUCAGCCCCAUUCAUGAAAGGCAAAACAGUCAUGGGGUGGCCUGAUGAAAAGAGCAUGGAUGAAUUGGACUUUAACUAUUCUACAGAUGCAGUGAGAGUCAUCUUUAAUGAUACCUUCUCUUAUCAUUUGAAGUUUUCCUGGAGAGGUAGAAUCCCCAAGAUCAAGGAACACAGAGACCACUCAGCGCAUUGCCAAACAAUAGAUGAACAAAUCAUGUGUGAAGGUUCCAUAUUCUGGGAGAAAGGCUUUGUCGCUUUCCAAGCUGCCAUUAAUGCUGCCAUCAUAGAAAUCACAACAAAUCAUUCCGUGAUGGAAGAGCUCAUGUCAGUGACUGGCAUAAACAUGAAGCUAUUACCGUUUGUUGCCCAAGCAGGAGUCAUGACAGAUUUUUUCAUUUUCUUCUGCGUUAUCUCUUUUUCGGCAUUUAUAUACUAUGUCUCAGUCAAUGUUGCACAAGAAAGACAAUGUGUUAAGUCACUGAUGACAAUGAUGGGACUUCGGGAGUCAGCAUUUUGGUUCUCCUGGGGGUUAAUGUAUGCUGGCUUCACGUUCAUUAUGGCCAUGCUGAUGGCUUUUAUUGUGAAAUCCACCCAGGUUAUUGUCCUAACUGGCUUUGUGGUGGUCUUCAUCCUCUUCCUCCUCUAUGGCCUGUCUCUGAUAACUUUAGCUUUCCUGGUGAGCGUGUUGGUUAAGAAACCCUUCCUUACUGGCUUGGUGGUCUUUCUCCUGAUUGUCUUUUGGGGAAGUCUGGGAUUUACUGUGUUGUAUAGACAUCUCCCUGCUUUUUGGGAGUGGACCUUAUGUCUUCUUAGCCCAUUUGCUUUCACUGCUGGAAUGGCCCAGUUUAUACAUUUGGACUAUGAUGUGAAUUCUAAUGUGCAUUUGGAGUCUACAAACAAACCCUACAUGAUCAUAGCAACCUUUUUCAUGUUGAUAUUUGAUGCUCUUCUCUAUUUGGUUUUGACGUUGUAUUUUGACAAAAUUUUGCCCACUGAAUAUGGACAUCGACAUUCUCCCUGGUUUUUCCUGAAGUCCUCUUUCUGGUUUCAACACAAAAGGGUUGAUCACGUGACUCUUGAGAAUGAAACAGAUUCAAAUUCUUCAUCUAAUGAUUCUUUUGAACCAGUGUCUCCAGAAUUCCAUGGAAAAGAAGCCAUCAGAAUAAAAAAUCUUAAGAAAGAAUAUGAAAAAGGAAAACAUGAAAAAGUAGAAGCUCUAAAAGGUCUGGCAUUUGACAUAUAUGAAGGCCAGAUCACUGCCAUCCUCGGUCACAGCGGUGCUGGGAAAACCACCCUGUUGAACAUACUCAGUGGGUUUUUGGCUCCAACAUCAGGGUCGGUCACCAUCUAUAGUCACUCCCUUUCAGAAACAGCUGACUUGGAAGCUGUCAGCAAACUCACUGGAAUUUGCCCACAAUUCAAUGUACAAUUUGACUUUCUCACAGUGAGAGAAAAUCUGAGGCUAUUUGCUAAAGUAAAAGGGAUUCAGCCACAGGAAGUGGAGCAAGAGGUACAACGAGUGUUACAGAACUUAGAGAUGGAAAAUAUUCAAGACAUUCUUGCUCAAAAUUUAAGUGGAGGACAAAAAAGGAAACUCACCUUUGGGAUUGCCAUAUUAGGAGAUCCUCAGGUUUUGCUAUUGGAUGAACCAACUGCUGGCUCAGAUCCUCUUUCAAGGCACUGUGUGUGGAGUCUCCUAAAGGAGAGAAAAUCAGACAGAGUCAUUCUCUUCAGCACGCAGUUCAUGGAUGAAGCUGACAUCUUGGCUGACAGGAAGGUGUUUAUAUCCAAUGGGAAGCUGAAGUGUGCAGGUUCUUCUUUGUUCCUGAAGCAGAAAUGGGGUAUUGGCUACCAUUUAAGUUUGCAUCUGAACGAAAUGUGCAACCCAGGCAGUGUAACAUCGCUGGUGAAACAGCACAUCCCCGAUGCCAAACUAACAGCCCAAAGUGAAGAGAAGCUUGUAUAUAUUUUGCCUUUGGGAAGGACAAACAAAUUUCCAGAUCUUUACAGGGAUCUUGAUAGAUGUUGUAACCAGGGUAUUGAGAAUUAUGGUGUUUCCAUGACAACUUUGAAUGAGGUGUUCUUGAAAUUAGAAGGAAAAUCAGCUGUUGAUGAAUCAGGUAUUGGAAUUUGGGGAAAGUUACAAAAUGAUAGGACAAAAGAUACAGGAAGCCUUGUUGAACUGGAACAAGUUUUGUCUUCCCUUAAUGAAACGAAGAAAGCAGCCAGCGGCAUGAGUCUCUGGAGGCAGCAGCUCUGUGCAAUAGCGAAAAUUCGCUUCCUAAAAUUAAAGAACGAAAAGAAAACUCUUUUGACCAUAUUGUUGCUUCUUGGCAUUAGCUUUUGCCCUCAGCUUUUGGAACAUCUAUUUUAUGAGUUGUACCAAAAACAUUAUUCUUGGGGACUGUCUCCUAAUAUGUACUUUCUGUCUCCGGGACAACAGCCUGAAGCUCCUCUCACCCGCCUCCUUGUCAUCAAUAAAACAGGCUCAAGCAUUGAUGACUUCAUCCACUCACUGAGACGGCAGAACAUAGCUCUGGAAGUGGAUGCCUCAGGGACGAGAAUUGGCCCCAACGAGCCAUCGUACAACGGCGCCCUCACUGUGUCCGGCGACGCGAAGGAUCACAGAUUUUCAAUAGCAUGUAAUACCAAAAGGCUGAAUUGCUUUCCUGUCCUCAUGGAUAUCAUUAGCAAUGGGCUGCUUGGAAUUUUUAAUUCUUCAGAACAUAUUCAGACUGACAGAAGCACAUACUUUGAAGAACACAUGUCUUAUGAAUAUGGAUACCUGAGUAACACCUUCUUCUGGAUACCUGUGGCCACCUGCUUUACCCCUUACAUUGCAAUGAGCAGCAUCGGCGACUAUAAAAACAAAGCUCAUACCCAGCUGUGGAUUUCAGGUCUCUACCCAUCUGCUUACUGGUUUGGACAGGCACUGGUAGAUAUUCCACUGUACUUCUUGAUCCUCCUUCUGAUGCAAAUAAUGGAUUAUGUUUUCAGCCCAGAUGAAAUUAUAUUUAUAAUUCAAAACCUUUUAAUUCAGAUCCUCUGUAGUAUUGGAUAUGUUUCAUCUCUUGUUUUCUUGACCUAUGUUAUUUCAUUCAUUUUUCGCAAUGGAAGAAAAAAUAGUGGCUUUUGGUCAUUUUUCUUCUUAAUUGUCACUGUCUUCUCAAUUGUUGCUACUGAUCUAAAUGAAUAUGGAUUUCUAGGGCUAGUUCUCUGCACCAUGUUAAUCCCACCCUUUACAAUGAUUGGCUCUCUGUUCAUUUAUUCCGAGAUUUCUCCAGAUUCUGUGGAUUACUUAGGAGCUGCAGAAGAGCAAAUUGUAUUUUUGGCAUUGCUAAUACCUUACCUUCAUUUUUUCAUUUUUCUUUUUAUCCUACGAUGUCUGGAAAUGAACAUUAGGAAGAAAUCAAUGAGAAAAGAUCCUGUGUUCAGGAUUUCACCAAAAAUCAAUGAUGUUUUUCCAAACUCAGAAGAACCUGAAGGAGAGGAUGAGGAUGUGCAGAUGGAAAGAGUGAGAACAGCAAAUGCUGUGACUGUGUCAAACUUUGAUGAGAAACCAGUCGUCAUCGCCAGUUGUCUGCGAAAGGAAUAUGCUGGCAAAAAGAAAAGUUGCUUUGCCAAGAGAAAGAAAAGAGUGGCUACAAGAAACGUGUCUUUCUGCAUUAAGAAAGGUGAAGUUAUAGGCCUGUUAGGACACAAUGGAGCUGGUAAAAGCACCACUAUUAAGAUGAUAACUGGUGCCACUAAGCCAACUGCAGGGCAGGUGAUUUUGAAAGGGAGCAGUGGAGGGGAGCCCCUGGAGUUCCUGGGGUACUGCCCACAGGAGAAUGCGCUGUGGCCCAACCUGACUGUGAAGGAGCACCUGGAGGUUUUCGCUGCUGUCAAAGGGCUGAGGAAGACAGAUGCCACUGUGGCCAUUGCGAGGUUGGUGGAGGCUCUCAAGCUGCAGGAGCAGCUGAAGCUUCCUGUGAAGACCUUGUCUGAGGGGAUAAAGAGAAAGUUGUGCUUUGCGCUGAGCAUCCUGGGAAACCCGACGGUGGUGCUUCUGGAUGAGCCAUCGACAGGGAUGGAUCCCGAGGGGCAGCAGCAAAUGUGGCAGGCCAUCCGGGCCACCUUUGGUAACACAGAGAGGGGCGCCCUCCUCACCACCCAGUACAUGGCGGAGGCUGAGGCUGUGUGUGACCGUGUGGCCAUCAUGGUGUCUGGAAGGCUGAGAUGUAUUGGCUCCAUCCAACACCUGAAAAGCAAAUUCGGCAAGGAUUACCUGCUGGAGAUGAAGGUGAAGACCCCGGAGCAAGUGGAGCCCCUCCACAAUGAAAUUCUGAGGCUUUUCCCCCAGGCUGCUAGGCAAGAAAGAUACUCCUCCCUGAUGGUCUAUAAGUUGCCUGUUGAGGAUGUGCAACCCUUAUCUCAAGCUUUCUUCAAAUUAGAGAUAGUGAAGCAGAGCUUCGACCUGGAGGAGUACAGCCUCUCGCAGUCCACACUGGAGCAGGUGUUCUUGGAGCUCUCCAAGGAGCAAGAGCUGGAUGGUGUUGAUGAAGAACUUCACCCCUCAGUGAAAUGGAAGCUUCUCCCACAGGAAGAUCCUUGAAGCCCCAAAUACCCUGUUCCUCUUUAAGCUUGUGACUUUUUAGAAGAUGCUAUUUUAUAGGAUUAAUAUACCUUAUCUCAGACGUGGUACCAAAUACUACUGAAACUCGGGCAUCAUAGGUCCUAGUAAUCUUACUUAUCCCAGGAGUGAGGAGUCAGAGCAGACAGCCAGCCUGUGGACUAGCAACCAAACCCAGGGCUCAUGUGGCAUUAAGUUACAAAUGCAUUCAGUGUAGGGCUGUUUGUGUUUCUGAGAGUGACCAGAGGCGUUUUAACUUUCUUUCUGUGAACUUCUAAAUAUUGAAUACUUUCUGAUCUUUUCCAUGAAUUAAUGUACAAAGUAGGAUAAGUGCAGUGUUGAGGGGAGAGGCUCAGUCAGUCACACAGCAGCAAAAUGUUCACUUUUUGCAAUGUGUGGAUUGCUGUUUUCUGUCACUUUUCAGAUUUCAUACUGUACAGUACAGGUUUUCUCUGUUAUAACCAUAAAGGAGAUUUGAAAUCCGUUAAAGUUAAUCAUUGCAGCCAGAAUUUGGAUUAUUGAGUUGAUGGAAGUUUUAAAAUACAUAUCUUACUUACAUACAAGUUUGAAACAUGUCUCUGAUUUUAUAUGCUCUUAUGAUACAAGUCUACCCUCAUAUAAAAGUGCUAAAACUUCAUCGAUCUUAAUUUCUUCUAUCUUUGUAUGUUAUGACCAUUCCAUGCCCCCCCCCAAAAAAAACCCUUGAAACCCAUUUGGUAUACUUUUACAGGCUUAUUUAGGUGUUUAUUGCUGCUGUUGCUACAUUAUUUUUGCUGACAUUGAUGCACUGAGUUGUGUCUCCCCCCAACCCCCUUCUAAUUCCAGUUCGUAUUUUGAAGUCCUUUAAGGAGGUAGCAGCUUAAAUGAAGGUAAAAUGGUGGGACCUUAAUUCCAUAACACAGGUUUCUUUAUAAGAAGAGGAAGAGAUGCCUUCUCUUUCUGCGCAUGUACAGGGAAGAGAUCAGGUGAGCACAGAGCACGGAGAACCAUCGGCAAGUCAGAAGAGCGUCCUCACCAGAAACCAUCUUCCUGGCACCCUGAGCUUGAACUUCUCAUCUCUAGCACAAUGGCACAAAUAAGUCCAUGUAGUUUAAACCAGCCAGUACAUCUCUUUUUAUGACACCCCUACUAGACUAAUUCACUAGCUAAUCGAACUAUGGAGGACUGUUGUCUGAAUGACCCUUACUUUGAUUUAUUGCUCCUGGUAUCCUCCUAGUCUGUGCAAAUAAAAAGUUUGAGAAACUCAUAGAGGAUUGUAGGCAUGGAAAGUGGUCAGUAAUCUAUAGAAAAUCAUCGUAGACAUUGGAGCUUCUGCUUGAGGCUCGUGAAUAUUUUCAAGCGAUCACGGACUUCAGGAACGGGCUGCACCAGGUGAUCUGCCAGCUGUCUGUGAGCAGAGAAAAGACACAGCAUGCAGAGGUGUGUGCUAAGUCAGAAGGACACCCAAAGAUGGAAGUCUGUCUGUGUAUUUCUAUGCACUCUUCCAGGGAUAGUUGAAAAAGCCUCCUUGUUGGUGUCUUGAUUUGAAAGGUAAAUGUCAAGGUAGACAUGUCACCUUACCUGGAAAACUUUCCUUACUCAACACUGACCCCUCACCUGAGGUUGGGAAGGACAUUUUACCAGCAAUAAAAAUAAUCUUAGAGUUUGUGGCUGAAAAUGUCUUCAGAGGUCCUAGUAUCACUUGCUUAUUUUACUAAUGCAGAAACUGACAGAUUCUAUCACUUGCUUACUAGAGAAUGUUUUGUUUCAUAGCAUCAUAAAUUUUUGUGGUCUCGUGUUUUUGAAAUUCACUAUAAGAUGAUAGCUGAUUUUUAAUAUUUCUAAUUUACCUGAAAUUCGAUAUCAGAUAUAGGAUUGUAUGGCAUCAGUGGAGGUGGGGGAAUUCCUUAGAGACAACUGUGAGCAUACUAAUGGAGAGAUAGUAGUGGUAUGGAGUAGAGUGAUGUCAGUGGGUGGGGAGGCAGAGUGGUUUGAAGUAUACCUGUGAGUAAAGUUGACAGAGAGACUUAAGAUGAGCUAGAUGUUUGUGGAGUGUCGGGAGGGAAAGCAAGGAGAGUCAAGGAGCCUUCCUGUAUUUUGUUUUGUUUUGUUUUGUUUUGUCUUGAACAAAAGGAGUAUGAAGGAAAUAAGGAAGCAAGUGAUGUAGGAAGCAGAGAAGAAUCAACCAUUUUCUUUUUAAAGUGCUCGAAACCUGAUCAGAAAUUUCAGAACGGAACAGAGAUCUUAAAAGAAGGUUUAUUUUCUGAGUUCUACUUUCUGAGUUGUCCUAAUAUUUAAAGAUAUUUUUGUAUUUUGAAAGCAACACUUUGUUCUGAGACUUAGCAGACAAUAUUUACCGAUACUAGCCUCCCUCUGUGGGAUCCUCUUUUUAACAAGGGGCAGUCAGCCAAACAUGCACAGCUGGCACUUCUCUGAGGCAGGCACUGGCCGGCGAGCAAUAAAAAAGGCAAUUUGUUUUAAAGUGAUCAUGCGAACUCCGUGUUCUCAGGCAAAGAAGAUUGCAGCUACAGUCUCCUUCCAGAAAACAGUCUUAAUUGGAUUUCCAAAUGAGGCAAAUAACUGUAAUGCAGAGAUGUUGUAGCCAGGAAGAAAUGUGAACAAGUUCCCUGGAAGUAAUGAGACUAGGGAUGAGGGAUAAACUGAACUUCUAGGUCACUUUCUCUAAAGUAUGUUCCUCUUCAGUUUUUUUUUCAUUUCUUAUCUGUAUUAUCAAUUAUUCAUCGUAUUCCUACAUACCCAAUGGCAAACCACUUUGGAGAAAUUAUAUUUAAAAAUAAUGAAUUUAUUGUUUAUGAAUAACUGUUCAUUUACAUCCUGCAGGAAAAAAAAGUUUUGGGUUAUUAACUUAAAAAAACAUCCAAGUAUUAAUUUUUGAGUGAGGUAGAGGAAAUCAAAAUAUUUUUGUGAAUGUUAACAGUGGAAAAGCAAUGUGAGAAAAUGUGUAUCCAAGUGCUGUAAAUUAUGCAUGUAGUAGAGCUUUUGUGAGGCAAAUUUGGGGUUUUGGGGAGGAAAGUUUUAUUAGGAGUAUCCUGUUUUUCUUCUCUCUCUUUAUGCACAUUAAUUCUACUAAAGAUCUAGCACGCUAGGAGUUUGCUUCCUUUGCCCUGUGUAGCAGAUGGCAGGCUUGUUUUUGAGGUAUGUACCCCUUAAUAGUUUGCACUCCUCAGCCACAUGCUAACUAUAUGAGAUUAUGUUCUGAAGUUCUCCUUCUGGAAGAGAUUUUGGGUUUCUGUUGUAAUACUAGACAUAUCACAAGAAAUAAAUAUUUGGCCUUUAUUUCUGA